AUGUCUAGGAAACAAAACCAGAAGGAUUCAUCAGGAUUCAUUUUUGAUUUGCAGUCCAAUACUGUACUGGCCCAAGGAGGAGCUUUUGAAAACAUGAAAGAAAAGAUAAAUGCAGUGCGUGCAAUAGUUCUCAAUAAGAGUAACACUGAAAUUAUCCUGGUUUUGCAACACUUUGAUAAUUGUGUGGACAAAACAGUACAAGUAUUCAUGGAAGGUAGUGCCAGUGAAGUACUCAAAGAAUGGACAGUGACAGGCAAGAAAAUGAACAAAAAGAAGAAAAGCAAGCCAAAACCUGCAGCAGAACCAGGUAACAGUAUCCCAGAUUCCAAUAAAUCAGUUUCCAUUCAAGAGGAACAAUCUGCACCCUCCUCAGAGAAAGGUGAUAUUAAUGGUUAUCAUGUCAAUGGUGCCAUCAAUGAUACUGAGUCUGUGGACUCACUCAGUGAAGGUAUGGAGACACUUUCAAUAGAAGCCAGAGAACUGGAGGAUCCUGAGUCUGCCACAUCAGAAAUGCUGGAUAGAACAGGAUCCAUGCUGGAGAAUGGUGUCUCUGAUUUUGAGUCCAGAUCUUUGACUAUGCAUUCUACUCAACAAAACGGGAAUGCUGCCAAGUCUCUCUCAGGAACUACUGUAGGACCUCAGCUUUCAAAUCUAGGCGUGGAAGAUGUUCCCCUCUCUUCCACCAACAAAAAGCUUGGUUCUAAUAUUGAAAAAUCUGUGAAAGACCUCCAGCGCUGCACAGUGUCUCUUGCACGAUAUCGAGUUGUAGUUAAAGAAGAGAUGGAUGCUUCUAUUAAGAAAAUGAAACAAGCUUUUGCCGAAUUGCAGAGCUGUUUAACGGAUCGGGAAGUGGCGUUGCUUGCUGAAAUGGACAAAGUGAAAGCUGAAGCAAUGGAAAUUUUGCUUAGCCGUCAAAAGAAAGCCGAACUUCUAAAGAAAAUGACUGAUGUGGCUGUUCAGGUGUCAGAAGAGCAGUUGGUCGAGCUCAGAGCUGGUAUCAAGCACUUUGUUAGUGAACGUAAAUAUGAUGAGGAUCUGGGACAAAUGGCCCAAUUCACCUGUGAUGUAGAGACCCUGAAGAGGAACACUGAUUCGUUUGCACAAGUGUCCCAUCCAAAGAACAGCUAUUCGACACGAUCUCGAUGUAGCUUGGUUGUAUCUGUGUCUUUGGGUAGCCCGUGUGAUGCCUCUGCUGCUGCUGCUUCCACCUGCGCCUCUGCUGCCAGCCUUACAAGCACUAACAAGAAGAACUCGGCACCGGGGGAGACGCCUGCAACUAUAGCAAACUCCGGUGGCCGAUCCUACCAGCCUCACCAAGAGGCAUUGCCAGGAAAUAGACGAGGAGGACAAGGCUACAGGCCACAAGGCCGAAAGUCCAGUGACCCCACUAACCAAGGGCGACACGACAGCGUGGGUAGUUACAGAAAUAGCUCAUGGUAUUCAUCUGGUUCCAGGUACCAGAGUUCUCCAUCCCAGGCACCAGGAGACACUAGUGAAUGGGGCCAGGCUCACUCUGCAGGGACGAACGGGACUGGAGCCAGCAUGCAGCCCGGCCCACCCAAGCCCUCGUUCAGGAAGGGGCUUCCCCAGCGCAAACCUAGGACCUCUCAGCCUGAAGUUGUGAACUCCUGA